AUGAUCAGGGCUGCUAUUCACCAGCAGCACCAAUUCAAGAUAUCGUUUUGGAAACAUUCCACAGAUGGUAACGCGGUGAGCUCUAGCCUCAUACCCGGCGGACACUGCCGGGACUACAAUGGCAAGCUGUACGAGACGGGAAUGCACUAUAUGCCCGGGCCGGACUCCUGCCGGCUGUGCAUCUGCGACAGCGGUCUGCCCAAGGCUUGCAAGAUGGUGCUGUGCGAGGCGUUCAGCAAGUGCAAGUCCUUCCAGACGGUGGGCAGCGGGAACAACUGCUGUGAGGUGAUCUGCCUGGAUGAUCAGUUCAGCGAUGGGAGCACGGACUUUGGCAUUUGA